AUGGUUCAGUCUCCGAUGCUGUCAUGUCCGUUGAAGCAGACCAACGAGAUCGAUUGGAUCCGGCCUCUCAAGGAUUAUAUUAGACAGAGUUACGGGGAAGAUCCGGAACGAUACAAUCAAGAAUGCGCGACACUCAACCGCCUGCGACAGGACAUGAGGGGUGCUGGAAAGGACAGCGCGACGGGCCGCGACCUUCUAUACCGGUAUUAUGGGCAGCUUGAGCUUUUGGACUUGAGAUUUCCCGUCGAUGAGAAUCACAUCAAGAUCUCCUUUACAUGGUAUGAUGCUUUUACCCACAAACCGACCUCUCAGUACUCGUUGGCCUACGAAAAGGCGUCGAUUAUCUUUAAUAUCUCCGCCGUCCUCUCAUGCCAUGCAGCGAACCAGAACCGCGCAGAAGAGAGCGGGUUGAAAACCGCAUACCAUUCCUUCCAGGCAUCAGCAGGGAUGUUCACGUACAUCAACGAGAACUUCCUACACGCCCCUUCGACCGACCUUAACCGGGAGACAGUCAAGACAUUGAUCAACAUUACACUUGCUCAGGCGCAGGAGGUCUUCCUCGAGAAACAAGUGGCGGACCAAAAGAAAGCUGGGUUUCUCGCCAAGUUGGCCAGCCAAGCGGCUUAUCUUUACUCGCAGGCCGCUGAAGGGAUUCAGGAGUAUGCCAAGGGCGUCUUUGACAAGUCGUGGAAUAUCGUUGUGCAAGCGAAAGCGGCUCACAUGACGUCGGUAGCAUCGUAUUAUCAAGCUUUGGCGGACAGUGAGAGCAACUCCCACGGGGUUGCUAUCGCUAGGCUGCAGCUGGCUGACAAAAACUCGACUGCAGCAAUGGGAUGGGCCAAGUCGUUCCCGACGUCGGUCGCGCCCGACUCGAACCUUACUUCCGAGUCGGGGGCCAAUCUCAUUGACACCAUCAAAUACCACCAGGCGAAUGUGCAGGCCAAAUUGGUCACCUUUGUGAAGGACAACGACUUCAUCUACCAUCAGCCCGUUCCCAACGAAGCUGGCUUGUCCGCUGUUGCCAAGCUGCCGGCAGCGAAGGCCAUCCCCGUGAGUGAACUUUACCAGGGACAAGACAUUCAACGUAUCAUCGGACCAGAUAUAUUCCAGAAGCUCGUUCCCAUGUCAGUGACGGAGACAGCCAGUCUCUAUGACGAAGAAAAGGCCAAGUUGAUACGUGCGGAAACAGAAAAGGUCGAGACAGCGGACAGCGAGAUGGCUGCCAGUCUGGACUACUUGAAGCUCCCGGGAAGUCUCAAUAUCCUCAAAGGGGGCAUGGACCAAGAAAUGACGGUCGACGACGAGUUCCGACAAUGGUGCCAGGAACUAGCGGGCCAUCAAUCGUUCGCUAAGGCGUUUGACACCCUUCAGGACCGAAAAGGCGAGAUACUCUCACAAUUGGAGCAAUGCUCAAAACAACUCGACCUAGAGGAAAGCGUAUGCGAAAAAAUGCGAUCGAAGUACGGAGCAGACUGGAGUCAGCAGCCCAGUGCCAGGCUCAAUACUACACUGCGCAGCGACAUUCGGACGUAUCGGGACACCAUCAACGAGGCCAGUGCCAGCGACUCGCAGCUUCUAGCCACCCUCAGACAGUACGAGACGGAUUUCGACGAAAUGCGCUCUGCUGGCGAAACAAACGAGGCCGAUGUCUUGUUCCAGCGCGCAAUGAUCAAGGCCGGAUCGAAGCACGGAAAGGGCAAAAAUGGAGUCGGCAGUCCAUAUGCAUCUACGCAGGAGGGGAGCCUGCUAGAUGACGUUUACGAUGAGGGAAGCCUUUCGGUGGCAGAACAAAUCGCCAGGGUGGAAUCCAUUCUGAAGAAGCUGAACCUAGUGAAGCGGGAACGGUCUCAGGUGUUGAAAGACUUGAAAGAAAAGGUUCAUAAUGACGAUAUUUCCAAUGUCCUGAUCUUGAACAAAAAGUCGAUUGCUGGACAAGAAAGUCAGCUUUUUGAGACCGAGUUGGAGAAGUUUCGUCCACACCAGAACCGAUUGCUCCAAGCCAAUCACAAACAGGCCGCAUUAAUGAAGGAACUCACCAAGGUUUACGGGGACUUGCUUCAGGAUAAGCGCGUACGGUCUGAACAAUCGAAAUAUGAAACCAUCACCCGCCAACGGAACACCGUGAUGGCCCGGUACAAGAAGAUAUACGAUGCCUUCAAUGGUCUGCUCUCCGGAAUCGUGCAAGCGCAGACCUUCUACAAGGAAAUGGGUGAAACAGUGGAGAGUCUGAAGAAGAAUGUUGAAACCUUUAUCAACAACCGACGCUCCGAAGGAGCUCAACUCCUCGGGCAGAUCGAGCGGGAGAAGGCGAGCACUGCAACUGACCAAGAGGACCGGGAACGAGAGAAGCUGCGGCAGCUCAUGGAGCGCCUGUCGACCGAGCCAAAACCUACAUCUACUCCCUCACCAUCGAUGGCCCCUUCAAAGGCCAAAUCCCCUCCACCACCCGUAAAGGCACCCGGGUACCCGGGUCCGGGCAUUGCCUCUCCUCAGAUGUCACCACACUUUGCGCCUGGUGUUGCUGGCCAACAGCAUGGCAUUCCUCUCUCCCAUUCUCCCGCACCUUAUGGUCAAUAUGCCGCUCCUCCAGGCGGCGUCUCUUACAUGCAGGGGCAGCCGUUCCAACAAGGCGCUGCGGCACCGCUAUCAGAGGGCUACAACCCGAUGGCAUAUCCAGUGCCCGCUUCGAUCUCCCCUCCCCCAAGUCAGCAAUACUAUUCGUCCACACCCGCUCCCUACAGCGGAUACUCGAAUCCAGCACCGCCAACCGCUCCGUCACAGUUCAUGCCACAAGGUUACGUACCCCCUCCACCGCCGCCGCGGCCGCAGCAACCAUCCUACCCACCUUCUACAGGCCCAUACCCGUCCGGUCCCGGAGGAUACGCACAAAGCAGGCCAUACGGGACGAGCCAGCAUCACAAGGCGCCGUCGCAGUCUCAGUCAUCCUCCUCAACCGACCCAUGGGCGGGCCUCAACGCGUGGAAGUGA